AUGACAGGUGAUUUAUUCAGUAGAGCCUUAGAGAACGCAGAUUCAAUAACAGCGGAAGAACUGAAAUUAACUUCACUGGAGAAAUCCGAAGGUGAAACAGAAUCGCAAAAUAUUGAUAAUGAGGAGGUUGAAGAGAUUGGAGAUUCGAAUAUAAAUGAAAAAGAUAAUGGAAAUGAUAUCGAUAGUAAGCAAGAUAAUGGGGAAGUGAGAGAGAAAUCAAAUGAAGAUGAUCAAAUUAUUGAAGGAAACACAGAAAGAGAUGCAGUGGGUGUGGAUGAUUGCAUUGAUAGUAAAGGUAGUAGCAAUAUAGGUGAUAAUAAUAGUAGGAUUAGCGAAGGUGAAUCACAAAACAGUGAAUCUUCUGAUACAGACACUUCUAGUUCAGGAGAAGAAGAAAAUACAGAUGAUGCUAAAGAUAUUUAUGAAACAGGCGAAGAGGAGGAUGAGGAAGAAGGUUACAAUUUAAAUGAAGCGAUAAGAUCCAAAAAUGAGAUUAUUGAAGAACAAAUUAUUGAGGUCCCAAAAAAUUACAAGAUCGAUGAAAAGACUAAAAUUUCAGAGAUUGGUAUUAUUAAAUCUAUUUUUGAAUCUAAUGUUAUUGUUCAGGGUACUACUUCUGGUGAGAAAAGAGUUCUAAAGGAUGGGUCUAUUUUUUGUUUGGAAAAUCGUGAAGUAGUCGGUACUUUAUCUGAGGUUUUUGGUCAAUUACAAAAUCCAUUUUAUAAGGUCGGUAUAUCUCCAGUAGAUGAGACUAAAAGUGAGAUAAUAUCCAAGAUUAAAGAAAUGGUUGGAGCAAAGAUAUUUAUUGUUGUUCCAGACGCACAUUGGAUUGACACAUUUGAAUUGAAACGUGUAAAAGGUACAGAUGCCUCAAAUGGUUAUGAUGAGGAAUUACCAGAAGAAGAACAAGAAUUUUCUGAUGAUGAAAAGGAAGCACAGUUCAAGAGAAUGAUGAAAAAUAAAAAGAAGAAGAAAAAAGCAGCCAGUAAUACGAAUAAUAAUGAUAAUAAUAAAUUUAAAGAUGCCCACAAUAAUAAGGUCACAAGAAAGAAACAGCAGACUAGCUAUCAAGAAAAUACUGUAUAUUCGAAGAUGAAGGCUCCAGUUGGAAUAGUACAACAAAAACAUUAUAUGUCUAGGGUGAAUCGUCAUAAGGAUAUCAAAAACGAUAGUUUUGAUCAUGCAUCAAACAUUAAUAAUACUAUUAAUAAUUUUAAUAACAUUUCAGAUAAUAAUAUUAAAAAUAACAAUUUGGGAAUGAAUUAUCAAAACAAUCCUGCUUAUUCAAAUCCAUCUCGAGGCAUGUAUCAAUCUACUGCAAAUCAAUAUGGACAUAUGGCUCAACAAAGUCAAUAUAAUUUUAAUAAUUUUAGCGGAAAUUAUCAACAGCCAUUUGUGCAGAAUCCCAAUUCAUAUCCACGACAACAAUAUAAUAGUAGCAACUUUGACGUAGCUUAUGGGGAGAUGCGAACACAGGGAUAUACAAAUGUUAACUAUUCGGGCCAGGCAUUUGGUCCCGAACUAAAUUAUAAUAUGCAGCAUAAUUAUGCCAACUCCAAUCUCCAUUUUUAUUCACAACAGUCAAACUUCCAACAGCAGCCUCUGUAUAAUCAAAAUUUAAAUAUUUAUUAUCAACAGAAUAUACAACAAGCACAUGUUCCACAAUACCAACAACAGAUGCAUCCACCAGCUGCAAAUGUGACACACCCACCAAACAUAGAACAAAUACGUAAUUUCCAUGAAAUGCUUCUUCAACAGAACGCUAAUAAAAACGGUAAUAAUUUAUCUUUUCAAAAUACAGAGAAACAAACCAGUCAAGAUAAUGAUAUUCCAUACUAG